GGCUCUGAGCAUGCGCAGGAGGGGGCAGUUAGGGAGUGUCGACCGGUGCGCCUAAUCGGAUGUGAAGCCUCACACUAUGGCUUUGGAUCGACCCGGCGUCGUUUUUGAAAUAAUGACCCGAUGACGGAAAUACAUGUUUUUCGAUUCCGUUAGUGAGAUGCUGAGGGCCUCGGUGGAGGAGCGGGAUGAUGAGCAGGAGGAUGAAGGAGAUGAAGAGCUGCGGGACGGAGGGGUGCCUUUCUACGUCAACCGAAGUGGCCUCCCCAUGGAUGAAGACACCUGGGAGAGGAUGUGGCGCCAUGUAGCUCGGAUCCACCCACACGGGGAUGCUUUGGGGAAGGGCAUCCGGGGUGCAACUGACCUACCCAAGAUUCCAAUACCAAGUGUGCCUACAUACCAGCCUACAACCACAAUUCCACUGCGCCUAGAAGCCAUACAGAAAUAUAUCAGGGAAUUACAAUACAAUCAUACCGGGACACAGUUUUUUGAAAUCAAGAAAAGCCGCCCUCUUACUGCGUUGAUGGACAUUGCCAAGGAGAUGACGCGUGAAGCCCUGCCAAUCAAAUGCCUGGAGGCGGUGAUCCUAGGAAUUUACCUCACCAACAGCAUGCCGUCUGUGGAGCGUUUCCCCCUCAGCUUUAAGUCUCAGUUCUCAGGGACUCACUUCUACCACAUUGUGCUGGGAGUCCACAGCGGCGGACGCUUCGGCGCGCUGGGCAUGAGCCGGCGAGAGGACCUCAUGUUCAAGCCCCUGGAGCACCGCUCUCUGAUGGACUUGGUGCAGGACUUUGAAGGGGCCUACAGGGGCUAUUGGCACACCCUGCUAAAGGUCAAGAUCGGCCAGUAUGUGUCGCACGACCCUCACAGCGUGGAGCAGAUCGAGUGGAAGCACUCCGUCCUGGAUGUAGACGGGCUGAGCAAGGGGGAGCUCCGGAAAGAGCUCGAGAGGCACACUCGAGACAUGAGGCUCAAGAUAGGAAAGCCUGCGCCUCCUUCUCCCACCAAAGACAGGAAAAAUAGCAUGGGCUCGCCACUCAGAGGACAAGGAAGCCCCAUUCGCAGGGUCAGCCGUGUUGAGAGACGUCCAUCUGGAGAGAAAAAGGCUUUGGAACAGAAAGCAUCUGGAGAGAUGAGCGUGUAUCAGAUUCGAGUGUGAAGAAUAUUUUCUUCGUUUCUUUGACUAAGCCAUUGAUGAGGCUUCAUCGAUGCAAAAUAGGGAACCACCACCCUUCUCCUCCACAUCCCCAAAAAGCCUCAUUCACUGUCAAGUUGUCAUGUUUUUUUAAAUUACGGUACUUCUAGAGCAUUGUAUGUGCAUAACUGGUGCUGUUGCGUGUAAACAUUUUUACUAACUUUAUACAAUCAGUGUACGUUACAUUAGCAGAAAAAAAGGUAAGAGUAUCAAUCAGCAUAAAUGUGCUCCUUGACAUAUCAAUGUGUGUCAUUGUACUGUAAGUGUGAUGGACUACUUUGUGUGUUAACUACAAAUUACCCCCUGUGCCUUGUGACCAGACUAAAACAAAACAGAAUUCCUCGUCAUCACCUGACUAAAUGCAAAUUAGAAUUUUCAUACUUUAGUAUGUAAGUGUUUCAAAUGUCAACACCUUCAAGGAUGCAUGCUUAGAGAGCUAUGGACCUUAGUGACACAUCAUUGUCAUUCUUAUCAAGAGAAGGGUUGAGUAAAUCAAGGACAAGACACCAUUUAGCAUACUGUGGAUUUUUCUCUCCCACUUGUUCCCCAGCGACUUUGCUCAUGUAUAUAAACAUGCAUUCUUUGUAGCAAUUUAAAAAAAAUUUCACUUGCCUUAAAAAGUGACCACUUCCAAAAAGAUGUCAAGGUAUUAGUAGAUGGCACUUUUUAUCUUUGUAGUUUUGAGAACUGCUGCAUUCUGCUGUUUUAUAUGUCACAGUUGUCAUCUGUAAAAUAUUACACAUUUAAAACAUGCGAUUAUCAAUAAAUUGCCACAUACA